AUGGGGACAUCUUCCGACACCGUAGGCCAAACCGCAUAUGCGCAGAAGCGCAGAGAGAUCCUGUCUUUCGCCAAGGACCUCAGGGCGAUGGGUGCAGAGAGCGAGAUUGGCAUGCCACGUAUCGUGGUUAUCGGAAGGCAGUCUGCUGGGAAGAGUUCCGUCGUUGAAGCAGUUACUGGGGUCGGCGUCCCUCGUGACAGUGAUACGUGCACCCGAUGCCCGAUGGAGUGUACCAUACUGACAGCAGAGCGGUGGAGCUGCCGCAUCUCAUUGCGCCUUCUGAAUAGUCCUGAGACUCCAUUCAGUCCUAUUUUGACAUCCAAAGCGGAAGUCGAAUUAUGGAUUCGCCGUGCGCAAGCAGCCGCUCUGUGCCCUAUUAGACAAGGUGACUUCAUAGACAAGACUGCCGAUGAACUUCGCAGUCUUGUCGGAGUCGACGCGGAUGUCCCUAAAUUUACCAGGAAUGUCGUAGUAGUGGAUAUCAACGACCCCGAUGGAACGGAUUUAUCGUUCAUAGAUCUACCAGGCCUCAUCAGCAAUGAAGAGCAGAACAUCAUCGAUCUAGUGCGAAGUCUGGUCGAAUUUUACAUCAAAGACGAGGCAACCAUCAUUCUUGUCACCAUCCCUGCCAGCGAUGACAUGGCACUACAAGAAGCAGCCCGUCUCGCGAGAGAGGUAGAUCCAAACGGAGAACGCACCAUAGGCAUAAUCACCAAACCCGAUUUCCUUCCCGACGGUGCCAUUGAUUUGCGAAAGACGUGGCAGAGCAUUCUCCGGGGCGAGGCGCAUCCACUUAGGCUCGGCUACUAUGGCGUCCGAUUACCUUCCGACAAGGAGAGAAAGAAAGGCCUCAGUCGAGCGGAGGUUGAAAAGUUGGCUAUGCAGUUCUUCAAGGAUAACGAGCCUUGGAAGGAUCUUCUUCAUCUCAACCGCCUUGGGAUAGCUUGCUUCAUAGCCGACAUCAGUAAGGUUCUAAUGCGCGUCAUCCGCGAAUCGCUACCGGGCUUGAAAGAGAAGGUCAAUACCCAACUCGGUGAUUGUGUCACCCAGUUGAAUUCCAUGCCCAAGCCAAUAACUGGGGGCGCAACUGCAGAGAUCCUCGGUCGAGUCACGCGCUUCUGCAACGAUCUGAAGGAAGCCGUCAAUGGUCACACAGAAGACAACACUUUCGUUCACCGCAAUCGGGCUAUAUACCAGACAUUCAAGAUAUCUAUACGGAGAACGGCACCUGAUUUCAGGCCUUUCCUCGACCCUACUCAAUUCGUGGGGCCCAAACAACCAUGGUUCUCCGAGGAGUACGAGGACAGAGAAGAUACUGAGCUCGCCGAGCAGUUGCCACCUGCACCUGUGGAGCCUAUCGGUAUCUACGACGUUAGAAGGGUCAUCAAAGACUCCAUCGGGUGGGAACUGCCUCAUAACGUUCCCUACGAGGCGAAGAAGCGGCUGUAUAAGAAAUUUGUGGACCGCUGGGCUGCACCAUGCGACAAAGCCUUCGACGCCGCUACCGUCAUCCUAACAGAAUUAGUCAAUGACAAGAUUAGGGAUCACUUCGGACGGUUCAAGGCUCUGGAACUGCACGUUGGCCCUCUCAUACGGCGUGAGCUCCAGUCAUGCACAAAGCGUGCGGCCCAGUCCCUGUGCGAGGUCCUGGAGCGCGAAAAGUCCCCGUAUUUCACUCAAAACGGCUACUAUCUUGAGUCCAUGAGAGCUCACUGCCUUGCACGUUACUGGUUCAUCAGACGCAACGAAAAUGACUACAAGAAAGGAGCACUAUGGGACUUAGAGAGGGAGGAAGAACUUGCUGCCUCAGUUUUUGCUGAAUCUGACUCAUACCAUGAGUCACCAACAGAACGAGCGCUGAAAGCAUUGGCUCUAAUAGGAUAUAAAAAUCUCGCCGCCGAGGACCUUGUGCGCCUGCAUCCACCAGAUGGGUUUGAAGAUGAGCUGACAGUGAUGGCGGACGUGCGUGCCUACUUCCAGGUUGCGUACAAGCGAAUCAUUGACAACGUCCCGAUGUCAAUCCAGAAGGACUUGAACCAGCAACUCUCGAAUGGCAUGCAGGAUUGUCUCCUAGCGGAAUUGGGCGUGGGUGCUGCUGGGACUGCGGAACGCUUCCAGGAGCUUUUGGCUGAGGAUCCUGCCGUCACCGCUCAGAGGGACCUUCUCGAGAAGAGGAAGGCGCGUUUAUUGGAGAUUCAGUGGAAGUUGAACGCCUUUGUCAUAGCUUGA